UCAUCUUCUCCUUGGACAAUGAAAAACCAGAGUUUUGUAACUGAAUUUGUCUUCCUGGGACUAUCACAGAACCCAAAUGUUCAAAAAUUGAUAUUAAUUGUAAGUUUAUUUGUCUACAUUGCAACUAUCAGUGGCAACAUGACGAUUGUGGUGACCAUUGUUUGCAGCCCUAUACUGCUGGGCUCCCCCAUGUAUUUCUUUCUGGCUUUCCUGUCCUUACUGGAUGCAAGCUUCUCCUCUGCCAUGACACCCAAGAUGAUUGUGGAUUGUAUCUAUGAGAGAAAAACAAUCUCCUUUGAAGGAUGCAUGAUACAACUUUUUUUUGAACACUUCUUUGGUGGGGCUGAGGUGAUUGUUCUGACAGCCAUGGCCUAUGACCGCUAUGUGGCCAUUUGUAAGCCCUUACACUACUCUUCCAUUAUGACUCGGAGGCUCUGUGGCAUUCUGGUGGCAGUGGCCUGGGCAGGAGGCUUCUUACAUUCCAUUAUACAAAUCAUCUUCACUUUGCAACUGCCCUUCUGUGGACCCAAUGUCAUUGAUCAUUUCAUAUGUGAUUUAUACCCAUUGCUGGAGCUUGCCUGCAUUGACACCCACAUUUUUGGCCUUUUGGUGGCUGCCAACAGUGGGUUUAUCUGCAUCAUAAUCUUUUCCUUGUUGCUUUUUUCCUAUGGCUUUAUCUUGCUUUCACUAAAAUCCCACAGUUCUGAAAGCCGAUGGAAAGCUCUGUCUACUUGUGGGUCCCACAUUGCUGUAGUGGUCUUGUUCUUUGUCCCAUGCAUAUUUACAUAUGCAAGGCCUCCUACUGCUUUCUCCUUUGACAAAGUGGUAGCAAUAUUUUAUACCAUGCUAUCCCCAUUGCUUAAUCCAAUGAUUUAUACUUUUAGAAAUAAAGACAUGAAGAAUGCCAUAAGGAAAGUGUGGAAAAAAUUGAUAGUGCAUUCAGAUGAAAAAUAAAAUGUUUCAUUUUAACAAAAUUAGUAUUAAUAAUAAAGAAGUCAAAAUU